AUGUCUGUCGGGUCGGGUAACACCACCGCCUUCUACGGCCAGUACCCGUGGCAGGCGCGGCUGGUCGUAUAUGAUGCCAAUGCCCGGGGCUACAUUCAUCACUGCGGCGGCAUCAUCAUUUCGCACGAACACGUGGUGACAGCCGCCCACUGCGUGGUUGAGGUCGUCCCCCAUCGGCUGCUGGUGCGCGUCGGGGAUCUUCGGAUUGACAGCCGCGAGCUUUACGAGCAAGAGUUCGCCGUCGCCAGCUACCAAGUGCACAACCGGUUCGGCACGGAGCGAGGCCUGCGUCACGACGUGGCCCUUGUGCGGCUGCGUCGCCGCGUCGGACCCGGCAUUGAGUUCGGCCGCUACGUGCAGCCGGCCUGCCUGCCGGCAGCCGACGCCGAGUACGAGACGUUCCUGCCGUGCGAGGUAUCCGGCUGGGGGCGUACCUCAGACGGCGCGCCGAUCUCGGAGGUGCUGCGCGGCGUCUCAGUGCCGUUGGUGUCGGACGUCUUCUGCGGCGCGCCCGAGGUUUACCAAGACCGCUUCCUACCCGGCGCCAUGUUCUGCUCGGGUCCGACGGGCGGCGGCGUCGACAGCUGCGAGGGCGACUCGGGCGGCCCGCUGGUCUGUGGCGAUGCCGACAGUGGUCGUUUCGUGGCGUACGGCGUCGUGUCGUCUGGCGAUCCGCUGGGCUGCGGCCGACGACCCGGCCUCUACACCAAGCUGUCAGCAUACGUGGGCUGGCUGCUGCGCCGCCUCCAGCUGGACCAGGAAGAGGACGCGGUCCCGAGCACGGCUGUGACCACAACUCCAGAGGUCCCCGGUCGGCCUGAGGGCGACCUGGGCCGGCUUUGCUUCACCCCGGACGGCACGGCCGGCUUCUGCCUCCCGCUGCGAGACUGUCCCGACUUGCUGCCGGCGGGCGGCGGGAAUCGGUCAGAUCUGUUGGGCCGGCCUCUCUGCGGGCUGGACGCAGCUUUCACGCCGCUGUUCUGCUGUCCCGGACAGGCCGCGCGCAGCGCAGGCUGCGGACGGACCAGCUUCUCGCCGCCGCAGCUGGGUGCUGCGUUCGCCAAGAACGCCGCCAACUUCCCCUGGAUGGUGGCCAUCAGCGAUAAGAGCAGCGGCGUCCGAGGGCUGUAG